AUGGCCAUACCUUCCAGAGCCACCGGCUUAAAGCUUGAGCAACUGUGUUUUGCGCUCCGCAUGAUGGAUUUCGCAGCGCUGCUCGCGCUGUGGAAGGAGCGGGACUCCGGCUCGCCCCUGUUUCCGAAGGUGCGUCAAUUCGGCAAAGCCUGCGCCAAAGCUCCUGACCUCGCCGCCAGAGCGAAAGGCGCAGAGGAGCCAGCUCCGGUGCCGGCACCGAAGCUUCCUGCAGUCUUCCCUCGGGCCAUCACGCCCUCCAGAAGAGUCAUCUUGAGGAAGCUCCACCGAAAGCCGCUGUUUUGCUGCAGGGUGCAGAAGCAGCUUCUGAGGCUGUGGCUGCGCAAGCUGCUGGCGAGGAAGAGGUACCGAACCCCAAGGUCAAGUUGCAAAAGCGUAAGGACGAGGAGUACAUGGAAAUCUUUGUCGGCGGCUUGCCUCUCUCUUCCUGUGAAGCGCAAGUCAGGCGAGAAUUUGCAGAGUGUGGCGAGAUUACCAGGUUCAGCAUGCCCCAGAGAGGAGGGCCGUCAUCAAGGCAUCGUCACCAUAGUCUUCAAGACGGGGGAAGGCGUGAGGCGUGCUUUGGAGAAGAACGGCAUGCAGCAUCUGGGUCGGCCAUUGAAGGUAGCCUUCCGACAUCCUGCAGGCCCGUUGCAAAAGGUGCCGUGGGUGCAGCCCAUCAUCAAACUUGCAGCAGAUGUGUGCAGAUCUUGCUGCUUCUGGAUCACUUUCCCAAGCCGGAGGUUCGGAACAGUCGAGUGUGGGAAAUGCGCCAGCGUGGUGCUUCGGCAUAGGUGCUUCAGCUGA